GCAAAAUCAACAAUAGUGUUGUUACAAUAAUGUAAAAUAGUGUUAAAAAUAUGAAGAAAACACAUUUAGCAAUGCAUAAAAGCUCGGCAACAAAUGGAAAUUAUAAAAUAUCAAGUUUUUUUACAAAGAAAACAGAUAAGCCUAAAAAUACAGAAGUUAUUAGUAUAGACAGUGAUGACGAUUUUGUAAUAAGUAAUCCAGUGAUAGAACAAAGUAAAAGUAUAAAACCCAGUACGAGUGGUUCAAAACACGAAAUAAAAUCACCCAAUUCAAGAAAACGAAAAUUGGAAAACAGGGUUUUAAACUCAAAUAAGAAAAAAGUGAAUAAUGAUAUAAUAACAAUUGAAGAAACAGAUGAAAAACCAAGUACCUGUGAAUUUCCAGUAACCCCUACAAAACAAAUAUUAACUGUAAAAACCCCAGAAAAAUUACUAACACCAAGUGCAUAUAAAGCCUAUUUAACACCAGAAAAAAUACCAUUUUUAAAAUCACCAGCUACGAAAAAAUUGUGUUUUAAUCCAGAUGAUUUUAUUGUUACAUUGCCUAAGAAAGAAAAAACACCCAACAAAAAAACCCCCAAUAAAAAAAAUAACCAAAAAAACGAAAAUUCUCCAAAUGUAGGUAAUAUAAAGAAAGAAGCAGAGAAAACACCAUUGAAAGGUAAAAGAACACCAAAAAAAUUGUUUGAGAAAACACCAGAAAAAUUGGCUGAAUUUAAUGUAGAAAUUAUGGAGAAGUUUGUAAAAAUUACACCAAGUAAAUCUUGUAAAAAAGAAAGUGAUGUUCAGUUUGUUAAAAGUUCUGAAAAAAAGCAGUGUUCAAUUAAACAAUUUAUGUCUCCAAAAAUGUCUAAAACGUCUGAAAAAGCCCAAAAUACAAAUGAGCAUACACCAAGAAAACAGACUCCUGGUAAAUCAUCGAAUAAUGAAUCAAGUGCUGUUAAAAAGGCAAAAUAUAGGUUAGAUUUUGCUGACACAAGCAAAAAUGACAGUUGUGUAACAAGUGAAACUGUCAAAAAUGUCAAGGAAGAGAAUUUUGAUGAAUUUUGGGAUGAAGAUUUUGGUUUUGAAAUCAGUUCUCAAAUUGAUGAAAUAGACACUAACACAAUAAAUUUAGAGGAAUCUCAGCACUGUAAAAUAGUGGACAUUGAAAAAUUACACACAAAAACCAUUCUAAAAUUAAUAUCUACCAAAACUAAAGAAACAGGAAAGUGUAGUUUGCAAGGUUUUUGGAUUCAUACAAAUUUAAAUGUGAAUGAUACUGUAUAUGUAACAGCUAAAAAGAGUGUGGAUAAUGAAUGGUGUGUCGAUAACAACUUUGGUUUAGUGGUAUUUGAACCAGAUUUUUUGGUUUCUUCUACAUCGGUUGUCAAUUCCGUAUUUUGCAAAAGAAAAAGCGUCCUGCAGGAAAGGUUUCACGGUUUUGAACCAACCAAUCAUUUCAUGAUAGUUGGGAGCAUUAUCCAUGAUUUACUGCAAACUGCUUUAAAUCAAAAAGCCAGAACUCACAAGGAAAUACAAAAACUCGCCAGGGAACUUCAAAAUAGAAACCAAACGGUUAGACGUUUGUACGAGUGUGGGAUGACGAUUUCGGACCUAGAAAAAGAAAUAGAAAAAUUCGUGCCUCGCGUUCUUGAAUUUAUGGAAACGUACGUCAAAUCUUCGAACCUCGCGCCAAACGCAAAAAAAUCCGAUCAGUGGCCGGGCGUUAUAAGCAACGUUGCCGAUAUCGAGGAGAACAUUUGGUGCCCGGAAUUGGGACUGAAAGGCAAAGUGGACGUCACGAUCGAGACGGGCGACAAAAAGGUCAUGCCUUUGGAGCUGAAAACUGGACGAGCUAGUUGCAGUUUGGAACACAGGGGGCAGGUCAUGUUGUAUGUUAUGAUGAUGAAUAAGUUGGGGUACGAGGUACCUGCUGGAUUGUUACUCUAUUUGAGGGAAGGAGUUCUAAAGGAAAUCCCGAUGUCAACUCAGGAACAACGCGACAUAAUGAUGCUCAGAAACGAACUUGCCUACUACCUAAACAGAAACCCUGUUUUAACUGUAGAUACCAACACCAAAAUAACUAAUGUUACUGUACCAGAACUGCCAGAACCCAUAAACCACAGGGCCUGUCAGAAUUGCGCCUAUAACGUUAUAUGUGCAUCUUUCAUAAGGUAUAAUAAAGAAGACGUUUCGUCAAAUAAAACUCUUCAAAACAUUCAAAAUGAGGCCUUAAAUCACAUUUCUGACGACCAUUUGAAAUAUUUCAUGCAUUGGAACUCUCUACUGGCCUUGGAAUCGAACUGUAAUUCCAAAAUGGGUAAAAGUUUAAGGGAAAUUUAUACAAAAACACCAACAGAAAGAGAACCAAAUGGAAGGUGCAUAAUAAACCUGAAAAUAUCAAAAGUGGGCCAAGAACUGAAUUUUAUAUGCGAACAUUCGUUUGAAAAAAUAGACUUUAACAAUUCCUACAAUUUUCUAUCUGCCGGAAUCAACGAAAACGCUUACGUUAUAGUAAGCACAGACAAACGUCCCGCUGUUGCCGCUGGUUUCGUCCAUUACAUCGAUGCCAAGUCUAUUACAGUGUAUCUUGAAAGGGAUUUGUCGAAAAAAUUCCCGAACAGCUCAUUCCACAUUGACACAUAUGAUUCUAAUUCCAUACAAACUUACAACAUGGCCAGUUUGACUCUACUUUUGGAGUUGACGGAAAGGUCCGAACAGUUACGAAAAAUUAUAGUAGACAAGGUGACGCCAACUUUUGAAACCAAACUCCCCAAGGUGGUUGCCACCAAAGGUACCCCGAUUUUAAAGAGGUUAAACAGGGUCCAACAGAGGGCGGUACUAAAGGCCAUAGCCGCUAGGGAUUAUUUUUUGAUUAAGGGAAUGCCUGGAACAGGUAAAACCACAACAAUAGUAGCUUUAGUUCAACUUUUAGUAGAACUAGGAAAAAGUGUCAUAAUAACGAGUCACACCCAUUCAGCUGUCGAUAACGUUUGCACAAGACUGAUAAAAUGGGGCGUUAAGUUUAUGAGGUUAGGAGCUGAAUCUCGAAUAAAUCCAAACCUAAAACAAUAUUCAGAGCAUUAUCUUACAAAAAAUUGUAAUAGUCCUGAAGAAUUGGAACAAGUUUACAACAGCCAGCUGGUUUUGGCGGUAACAUGUUUAGGUUCUGGUCAUCCAGUUCUGUCAAAAAGAACGAUGGAUAUAUGUAUAGUGGAUGAAAGUACACAAGUACUGCAAACAUCUGUUAUAAGGCCAAUAUAUGCAGCAAAAACUUUUAUUUUGAUAGGAGACCCUGAUCAGUUACCAGCAGUGGUGAAAAGUUUAGAUGCAGUUAAACUAGGUAUGACGGAAAGCAUAUUUGACAGACUGAACUCUACAGAAGCAACCAUAGCUUUAAACCUGAAUUUCCGCAUGAACACACCUAUAACCACUCUAGCAAAUGCCCUUACCUACAAAGGCGAACUACAAAUAGGCAACGACAGUGUUGCCAAUGCCACACUCAACCUACCUCACCUAGAAUCGGUGAAAAAAGAUCUGCAUACAGAAAAAUGGAUAUUAAACAUUUUGAAAAACGAUCUGGACAAUUCUGUGAUAUUUUUGGAUACUGGCCCUACGUGGAAAAUGCACAAAACCACUCAAUCCAGUGAAAACGAACAAGAUAAUAAAUGUAGUAAUAAACAUGAGGCAAGCAUUGUUGCCAGAUUGGUUGAUGCCUUUUUAAAGGCUGGUGUUCCUUACACAAAUAUCGGCGUUAUAGCGCCUUUUAGGGCGCAGGUGGCGCUGCUAUCGGCAACGUUGGAAGGCAGUAAGAUAGAUGUCAGCACCGUCGAUCAAUUUCAGGGGAAAGACAAGAAUCUCAUAUUUUUUUCGUGUACAAAAUCUAGGGAAGAAAAAAAGAAAUCUGAUGUCGAAUUUGAAAUUUUGGAGGACAAAAGACGUUUAAACGUUGCUAUAACAAGAGCAAAAAAUAAACUGAUUUUAGUUGGAGACGUUGAGACUUUAAAACAAUAUUCAACAUUCAAAAAACUGUUAGGUUCUCUAGAAGAACAAAUUGUACAGCUAAAAGAUAAAGAAAACGGUUUUGAUUGGGAUUCUUUAUUGGAAAUACAAAACCGUACAUAAAAAAUUGUGAUUUUAUGAUCAAGACUUUUAAUUUUAAGCGUAAUAUAUAUUUUUUAUGAUUAGUUUUUUGGAUAUACCUAUACUUAAUUUUAUUAAUAAAC